CGCCAUCUUCGAUGGGGAAGCUAUCACUUCUCCUUCUCGUUGCCAUCUCUCUCCUUCUCAGCUUUCCAACUGAAGCAAGUGUGGAGAAGGAGAAGACAUUGGCAAUUAUAAAACCGGAUGGUUUAUUUGGUGACUAUACAGACAAGAUAAAGACAAUUAUUCUGGAAUCUGGGUUCAUUAUCGUUAGAGAGAUGACGCUUCAACUCAAUGAAAGUGAUGUGGCACUCUUUUAUGCAGAGCAUUCUGGAAGGAGCUUCUUUCCUAGCCUUGUCAAUUACAUGACAAGCGGCCCAGUGUCUAUUAUGGUUCUGGAAAAGGCGAAUGCUAUUGUUGAUUGGCGCAUUUUGAUUGGACCAACGGAUGCAAGAAAAGCCAGGCUAUCACACCUUGGAAGCAUUAGGGCCAUGUGUGGGUCAGAUUUAGAAAGGAAUUGUGUUCAUGGUUCUGAUUCUCCUCAAUCUGCUGCACGGGAGAUUACAUUUUUCUUUGGAGAGAUGUCAUCUGGAGAAAAUGUUGCCGUACAUGAUGAGCUUUAGAAGGUAAAAUAGCGAACACGACACACUGUAUUGACUUGCAUAAACCCAUCUGUUUUUACCCAUCACUAGAUCAUGCCACUCUGCCUGGCACAGUUGCACAAGUGCACUGCCACCUUAUAAACUGAUCACAAUUAUGAAAUUGUAAGGAAAUAGAAAUCAUGGAGCUUGAAACUUGCUUGGUUUGUUAGGCUAGUCUAUAUGAUUUCUUUGUAUCAUCUAA